AAUGACGUCACGGGCGCGCAAGGCCUCGAGGACGGUGUCUGGCACGGCUCAGCAAGGCUCUCGGAGUUGGCGAACCCUGAGGAAGGAGGGACAGUCUGCAAAGUUCAACUGCGGCGAGAUAAAAACAAACUCUUACUUUGCACCAACCCAGAACAGAUACACUGAAGGAAUUAUCAGAAAAGAAUAAUACAUUGACAGAGAUCACAAGUGGGCAGAGAGAGACCGGGGGAUGCAGGCUACUUGCCGAGCAGAGAGCCUGAUGCGGGGCUCGAUCCCAGGACCCUGGUAUCUUGACCCGAGCCGAAGGCAGAGGCUUUAACCCACUGAGCCACCCAGGCUUUAGCAGAGGAAGAAUGAUUGAGCAUAGCCUCUCACUGUGCUACCGCAACAAACUCAUCUUAGCCCCUAUGGUUCGGGUAGGCACUCUUCCAAUGCGGCUGCUGGCCCUGGACUAUGGAGCAGACAUCGUGUACUGUGAGGAGCUGAUUGACCUCAAGAUGCUUCAGUGCAAGAGAGUUGUCAAUGAGGUGCUCAGCACAGUGGACUUUGUCGCCCCUGAUGACCGGGUAGUCUUCCGCACCUGCGAAAGAGAACAGAGCCGGGUUGUCUUCCAGAUGGGGACUUCAGAUGCAGAGCGAGCCCUUGCUGUGGCCAGACUUGUGGAAAAUGAUGUGGCUGGUAUUGAUGUAAACAUGGGCUGUCCAAAAGAGUAUUCCACCAAGGGAGGAAUGGGAGCUGCUCUGCUAUCAGACCCUGACAAGAUUGAGAAGAUCCUCAGCACUCUUGUCAAAGGGACACGCAGACCUGUGACCUGCAAGAUUCGCAUCCUGCCAUCGCUGGAAGAUACCUUGAGCCUUGUGAAGCGGAUAGAGAGGACUGGCAUCGCUGCUGUCACAGUUCACGGAAGGAAGCGGGAGGAACGACCUCAGCACCCUGUCAGCUGUGAAGCCAUCAGAGCCAUUGCUGAAGCCCUCUCCAUUCCUGUCAUAGCCAAUGGAGGAUCUCACGACCACAUCCAAAAGUAUUUGGACAUAGAGGACUUCCGACAAGCUACAGCAGCCUCUUCGGUGAUGGUGGCCCGAGCUGCCAUGUGGAACCCGUCCAUCUUUCUCAAGGAGGGUCUGCGACCCCUGGAGGAGGUCAUGCAGAAGUACAUCCGAUAUGCCAUACAGUAUGAGAACCACUACACCAACACCAAGUACUGCUUGUGCCAGAUGCUACGAGAACAGUUGGAGUCGCCCCAGGGAAGGUUGCUCCAUGCUGCCCAGUCUUCCCAGGAAAUUUGUGAGGCCUUUGGUCUUGGUGCCUUCUAUGAGGAGAUGACACGAGAGCUAAAUGCCCGGCGGGCUGAACUCUUGGCCAGAACCCCAGAGGCUGCGGCAGAGCCAGCUGAAGACACCUCUGGUGUCAUUAAGAUGGCUGUCAAGUUUGACCGGAGAGCAUACUCACCCCAGAUCACCCCCAAGAUGUGCCUGCUAGAAUGGUGCCGGAAGGAGAAGCUGGCGCAGCCUGUGUAUGACACGGUUCAGCGCCCCCUGGAUCGCCUUUUUUGCUCUGUCGUGACGGUUGCUGAGCAAAAGUACCAGUCUACCUUGUGGGACAAGUCUAAGAAAUUGGCGGAGCAGGCUGCGGCCAUCGUCUGUCUGCGGAGCCGGGGCCUCCCUGAGGGUCGCCUGGGCGAGGAGAGCCCUUCCUGGCACAAGCGCAAGCGGGAGGCCAUUGACCAAGACCCUGAGGGUUCCAGAAAUCAGGAGCACACGGUGCCUGGGGAGCUGUGCAAGAAGCUCUUUGUGGCCUUGGGAAGUGGUGAAGAGAGCCCCCUGGGAGGCUGGUGAGCACUGUCCCUACCUUGGUCACAUGCUUCAGGAGCCUGGCCGUAAGAUGUCUGUGGGUGCAGACCAUGAACCAGAUGCCAUCGGACAAUUCUCUGACUGUUCCUGGCAGGAGUUACGAGGUCCUGACCUGGGCUGUCAGCCUGGAGCACAGGCUAAAGGGUGCCUAGGGUGCACAUCUCCCUUUGUGGGUCUGAGUAGCAAGGCCGAGUUCCCAGUGACCUCAGUAUUUUCUUUGAAAACAGGAGCUUUUCAGGUGGUGUCUCCUCAUCCUGACAUUGGAACAGUGCAAUAAAGAUCUGCCCAUCCUUCCCCGCA